AUGCGGGGGAAAGAUGUGAAAGUGGAUAACGACGUGAUGAAGAAAGUCUUCGGGUUCAACCUAGUCGGCAAACGAAGCAAACCGACAGACUUUAACGCCAAGAAUAGUUGGACAAAACUUUCCCCACUUACUACGUGGGAUUCCCGUGGCCCUCCGAACGGGCUCAUUAAAGACUUAGCCACAGCUGUUGUGCACAGGUUCAUCGCAUAUAAUAUCUAUGGGAAAAAUGAGGCAAAUAAGGUGAGUGAAACCGAGCUCUACCUUUUAUGGGCGAUGCGUGCAGGAGUAAAGGUGUGCUCGAUGACCUUUUUUCCAAACUCCUUGCAAGAUGUGGAACUCGGUAAACGUGGCAUUCCGACUCUCGGGCACGUUGUGACGGCAUUGGCCAAACACUUCGGAAUCCCUGAUCAACCUAUCUUUAUCGACGCGACAUGGUCAUUGGAAGGCGAGCCAAUGCGGUGUAUUAAUGAACAUGAUCUCCGGAACGCCGACCUCAUUCAGAAUGGAACCACCCCACGGGAGUACACAAAGCGCAAGGCCUACGACACUUACUUCAAGAAGCUCAAUGAAGGUGAGGCACCUACCACUGAUCAGGCCGGGACAUCCCGGCAACCGAUAUGGGAGGAAACGGUUGAUAUUUAA